CUCUAAUCCCGUGAUCCUCCCAAGUGAGACAAAUUGUGCAAAAAAUUAGUGUGGGUCGGUGCUUAGCAUCUCCCCGAACCUAUCUUUCACAGGAAACCGGUCGUACCUUCUCGGGGAGCCGCUGUGUCGAACAAACAAAGGAUCGAAUAGCUUCACAGGUGUGAUUCGUGUUGAGCUUCCGCAAAACACGACGGCCCUAGGCUUUAGCUACAUCAUCGCAUCAUCGAGCCGCCCCACUCAACAUAAGAUACACAUACACAGACAAUCGGCCAAGCGGGGGGUAUCAAGCCAUCCGAGCGACUGCUCCAGUGCCGUACGAUUCACGAAACGGACGUGAACGAAUUGUGACAUAAUCCGUCACAUACGCGACGGUUGAAAUUUCACAUCCCAAGUACCCGCCCGGCGGGGUAAAGUCGAACAUAGUUUCCAGUGGCGUCAGGAUACAAACGACCCACACACUCCAACGCGAUCCACAGUGAUCCAGGCGGACGAAUUUUUGCGUGCAAAAGGAUGGAGUUUGAUUCCGGUUCCGCUGAGCUGAACCAACGAAUAGCCGAAUGGUUGCGAUGGGAUAAGAACGAAAAGACAUCGGAAGAGAUACGCGGGCUGGCGCAGCGUGGCGAUUGGAGGGUGCUGGGAGAUCGGUUGCUGCAACGGCUCACCUUCGGGACGGCAGGAUUGCGCGGUGUGAUGCAGGCCGGAUUCAAUGCGAUGAACGAUCUGGUGGUAAUACAGUCGGCGCAAGGAUUGGCCAAGUAUUUGCUGCAGUGCUACCCGACCGCGGAGGAGCGGUCGCGUGGCGUUGUGCUGGGAUACGACGGACGGUACAACAGCAAAAGGUUCGCCGAACUAAGUGCAUGCGUUUUUCUCAACGAAAACAUUCCGGUCUGGCUGUACAGCCGCACGGUCGCAACACCGUUCGUCCCGUUCGCCGUACUGGAGCUAAAAUGUUUGGCCGGCAUUAUGGUAACGGCGUCACACAACCCGAAGGAAGACAACGGCUACAAGGUGUACUGGACGAACAGCGCACAGAUCAUACCACCGCACGACAAAAACAUUCAGACAUCCAUUAUGGACAAUUUGGAACCACUUGAAACGUCCUGGAACCUGGAGCUGCUGCUGUCGGACAAACUUAACGAUCCGUACGACCAGAUGGUGGAGCUGUACUUCCGCAAACUUCAGGCGAACGUACCGCAACCGUUCAUCAGCAACUACAACACCGCCAGCCCGUUGCGCUUCGUCUACUCGGCCAUGCACGGUGUCGGCUAUCCGUUCGUGGUGAAAGCGUUCGAGUGUGCCCGGCUACCGGCCGUCCUUGCCGUGCCGGAACAGCGCGAUCCCGAUCCGGAGUUUCGCACGGUAAAGUUCCCGAACCCGGAGGAGGGCAAAUCCAGCCUGGUGCUGUCGAUGCAGCUUGCCAACGAAACCGGAUGCGACGUGAUACUGGCUAACGAUCCGGACGCCGAUCGGUUGGCUUGUGCCGAAAAGGAUACAAAAGGUGAAUGGCGUGUUUUCAGCGGCAAUGAGCUGGGCGCACUGUUGGGCUGGUGGGCUAUACGGUGCUACCGGGAACAGUAUCCGGACCGGAGUCUGUCCGACUGCUAUCUAAUAGCGAGCACGGUAAGCAGCAAGAUGUGCCGCUCGAUUGCCAACGUUGACGGGCUGAACUUUAUCGAAACGCUGACCGGAUUCAAGUGGAUGGGCAACGAAUCGGUGGAAUUGCUUUCCCAAGGCAAAACGGUACUGUUUGCGUUCGAGGAAGCGAUCGGGUUCAUGUUUUCCCGGACCGUGCUCGACAAGGAUGGCGUCAGUGCGGCCUGUCAUCUGGCCACGAUGGCAUGCUAUCUGCGUGCAACCUCCAACCAAUCGUUGGCCGACAAGCUGAACGAGCUGUACGACAUAUAUGGGUUCCACUGUACGUUCGCGUCGUACCAUUUCUGCUACGAACCACCCGUUAUUGAGCGUAUCUUCAAGCGCAUCCGUAACCUGGGCCCAGCCGGGGAGCAUACGGAAGGCGAGAACUAUCCACAAUCGAUUGGCGGUGGACGGUUUAAGAUAGCGGACGUGCGGGAUCUUACCACCGGGUACGAUUCCUCCCAACCGGACGGCCGUGCCGUGCUGCCGACGAGCAAAAGUUCGCAAAUGGUAACGUUUUCGUUUGAAAAUGGUGCCGUCAUUACGUUACGUACGAGUGGUACCGAGCCGAAAAUUAAGUAUUACGCGGAAAUGUGCGCCCAGCCAGGACAACGUGAUUGGAACGGUUCAAAAGCGACACUACGCGAGAUGGUGGAUUGCAUCGUAGAGGAAUUGCUGCAACCGAAAGAAAAUAAUCUCACUCCAAGAUCCGACUAAGCGAAUGGUGGGGCUAGAUUCAUUCAACACAGCUGACACUUGCUGGUCUUUGCCGGCUGUUCCGUCGCUACUGUCCCAUCAUUCCGUUAAUUGAAAUAGACCACUCCACGUACAAUGUUAAAGUGUACGUGCACACUGUGUACACACACAUUGGGGAUAAAGAACGUACAGCUGGCUGUAAUCUCGAAUCGAGGUACACACCUCGAUAGGAUGUGAAGCUCACCGAGGCAUGCAUUAAUUGACAAUUAUUAUUCUAUUAUAACUACUUCCUACAAAGAGACAUCUCCGUCAACCGUCUUGAAGUUGAGUAACAUUUUUAAACCCAUUUCUUUAAGAGCAACUACUCUGUAUCAUUUUAGUUCCUUAUAGAACGAACGAAUGUGAGUAAUAGAUGCAACACAUUUUUAGCGUUCAUACGGACUGUAUAAUCAACUAUCCAUGUACAAGUGUUUGCAGUUGGGAAACAAUAUUCCCAUAGAGGUGUUACUAUUUAUUUAUGCGUUUUAAUGAGUUCCAAGUUAACAAAACCAAACGAACAUAAUUGUAACCUGGUUCACAAAGGUUUCAGACACCACAGCCGCGAUGAAGAAAAAUCAGAGCGCGUGGAAAACGAAACGAUAUCUCAAACCUUGGCUUGUAGUUUAUAUUACAUUGGUAAACGUGUACAAUGGUUCACAGUA